GGAGCGCUCCAAAGGGCGCAGAGAAACCCUAGCGGCGGGGACGAUUGGCGAUAAAUCUGCUGUCGUCUCUCGCGUCGAGGAGGCAAGGGAGUCUUUGAUCCGAGAUGAAGUUCAAUAUUGCGAAUCCGACCACCGGGUGUCAGAAGAAGCUCGAGAUAGAUGACGAUCAGAAGCUUCGAGCAUUUUUUGACAAGAGGAUCUCUCAGGAAGUCAGCGGGGAUGCCCUUGGUGAGGAAUUCAAAGGCUAUGUUUUCAAAAUCAUGGGAGGAUGUGACAAACAAGGUUUUCCCAUGAAGCAGGGGGUACUCACACCUGGACGUGUUCGCCUGCUGCUGCACAGAGGUACACCUUGCUUCCGUGGGUAUGGCAGGCGUAAUGGGGAGCGCAGGAGGAAGUCAGUUCGUGGAUGCAUUGUCAGCCCUGAUCUCUCAGUUCUGAACUUGGUUAUUGUUAAGAAAGGUGAGAAUGAUCUUCCAGGGUUGACUGAUAUUGAGAAGCCUAGAAUGAGGGGACCUAAGAGAGCCUCAAAAAUCCGCAAGCUAUUCAACCUUUCCAAGGAAGAUGAUGUCCGCAAGUAUGUCAAUACGUACCGCCGAACCUUCACAACAAAAUCAGGCAAGAAAUGCAGCAAGGCACCCAAGAUUCAGAGACUUGUGACGCCAUUGACAUUGCAGAGGAAGCGUGCCAGGAUUGCAGAGAAGAAGAAGAGGAUCGCAAAGGCCAAGUCAGAAGCAGCCGAGUACCAGAAGCUGCUUGCCACCAGGCUCAAGGAGCAGAGGGAGCGUAGGAGCGAGAGUUUGGCCAAGAGGAGGUCCAAGCUUUCUGCUGCCUCCAAGCCAUCCGUUGCAGCGUAGACCUUGUUUUUCCCGAGGGAAAUGUGUAGCUUAAGCUUGGAAACUGUUUUGCUGUUUGAGAUGAUGCAAACUGAUCGGUGACUUUUAUCUUUUUAGAUGAUGGAUUUUGAUCGAACGAUUUCCUCCAAAUGCUUUUAGCAAUUUGGAUGUUGGAUCUAAUACGUUGUUUGCGCUGUGCA